UGGAAGAGUUUGUUUUUUUCAGCUCCUAAAUUUCAAGGUAGAAAAUGGCAACUUUAAAUGAAAAGAAGACCUGCAGCCAAAGAAUGGAAAAUUUCCAACGUUUUUUAUGGAAUCCAGACACAGGACAGUUAAUGGGAAGAACUUUGAUUAACUGGGUAUGGAUUAGUCUUUAUUAUGUUGCAUUCUAUGUGGUAUUGACUGGACUAUUCACACUUUCUAUGUAUUCUUUAAUGAAGACAAUUAAUCCUUAUACACCAGACUAUCAAGAUCGAUUAAAAUCACCAGGAGUGACAUUACGACCAGAUGUAUAUGGAGAAAAAGGAAUGGAAAUUUAUUAUAACAUUUCUGAGAAGUCCUCCUGGAAUCGUUAUGUUGUGAUACUUCAGAAAUUUCUUUCAGCAUACAAUGAAACUAUGCAAGAAGGCAACAAAAACUGUAGUCAGGAAAGUUAUUACCACCAAAAGACAUUUGAUGCUCCAAAUAAUGAAAAAUAUUCUUGCAAAUUUACAAAAGAUAUGCUUGAAAACUGCUCUGGUUUGACGGAUCCUAAAUUUGGUUUUCCUGAAGGCAGGCCAUGCUUAAUAAUAAAGAUGAACAGAAUUAUCAAUUUUCUUCCUGGCAAUGGGACUGCUCCAAAAGUGAACUGCACAACUACUGAUGACAGCUCAUUUGAGGUAGAAUAUUAUCCCGCAAACGGAACUUUUAGCCUUCACUACUUCCCUUACUAUGGACUCAAGGCACAGCCUAGCUACACUAAUCCACUGGUAGCAGUGAAACUUCUCAACUUUACUUACAAUAAAAUACUACACGUAAAAUGCAGAGUUGUUGGCACUGGAAUUACUUCAGAUAACCCACAUGAUCCAUAUGAAGGAAAAGUAGAGUUCAAACUUCGAAUACAAAAUUAAUCAAGGUUUAUAAAAACUGCAUUGAGAAUAUAUAUGUUAUGUAGCUUUGUAUGAUUAUUUGUAUGAUUUCAAUUUAAGUGUACAGUUUAUAGCAAAAUUAGUCACAACUUUAACAAUCAAUUGUAUAAAGUUUCUUUUUAUUAUCUAGUAUGCUUUAUUAGAAAUGUUAAUUGGAUUUUUCAACAUCUGAGAAUAUCAAAUAUAUACUUGGUGUACUACAUAUUUGGCAAUGGGAUAUGAUUCUACUGAAUGUGUGUAAAGUUAUAUAAUACAAAACUAUUUUAUACAUUGAAAAAUAUUAAAAAUAAAUUAUUUCUGGAAUAAUUCGUAUAAUAAAUUGGGCAGGAAGAAAAACACUGAUUUGCAUCUCAACAUAUUUCAAGAGGAAAGUAAGAACUACUCUAUGAAAGAAACAUAUAAACAAAAGCUGGUGAAUCAAAUAUAGCUCCUGAGCCUCUUUCUUUGUGACUCUAGAAACUCCAAAACAACAUUGGUAAAUUUGGGCAGUAAACUGAACCUUGGAAGGAUGAUCUUAUUGAUUGGAAAACAAAGCUAACUAAUUCACUUGACAGUAUUAGAAUACCUUGGAAGAAAAUCUACAAUGCUUCAGUGUCAUAGUGCCAUCAAUAACUUAGUAAUCCAAACAAAAUAAAGAAAAACAUAGACCUUAGGUAUUAUUUUUUACUGUUCUUUAAUUUUAUUAUUAGUGUUAUUUUAGAAAUUACUGAUUUGCUUUACAGAAGUCUCAGUGGAAACUUAAUUUUAAAUUGAACGACUUAGCAUAUUUUAAAGGGAACUUGAUGCAAUUGUGUUGGACAAGUUACUUUAAAGCAUCUAGAUUAUCUUAAUAUGAAGACAUUUUAAUAACUAAAACACACACUUAUCUGUAUAUAAAGUACAUGUAUUGAGACAGAUCUUCAUAAUUAAUCUUCAACAAAUUUACCACCUGCAUGACAGUGAUAGGUAAGUAAGUGGAAGCAGCGUUUACAGGAUAUUAAAAAGAUGUUAUUGAAAUUAAUUAAGGAUGAGGAGAAGGAAUGGGGUAACACCAGAACUGGUGCCAUAAGGGAAAGCCCAGGACAUUGCAAUCAUCUGGGAUAUUCUGUAAUGAAGAUGUCCAUCAAAAUUUUGUUGAUGCAUCUGCCUCUUGCUUUUACACCAUGGGGAUAAUACCAAGUAAAAUUUCAUAUGUAAAUGGAAAGCAUGUUCAUGCAUAUAGGGGAACCAGUGCAUACCUUAAGAUAGGGCUUGAGAAUCUUCUAAGGCUCAUGGUAGUAAGAUAAAGGAAAAUGGUACAAUGGGGGGAAAGGUUUGUGAUGUAGUUCUGUGUAUCAUUAGAGACUCGAUUCCUCCUGUACAUAAGGAUUUCAAAUCAUUAGAUUGGGUAAAUAUUUACUUCUUGAACAAAUCCCAAAAUAAUAAUGUGAAGGCUUAUUUGAUGUGACAUAUAGUACUUAAAAUAGCUAACAUUUCAUACAUAAAAUGAAGUAUUUUAUACUGAUAGAAUAUAUAAAGUCCCACAUUAUUUUUCUUAUUUGAUUCUUAACCCCCAACAUUGACUCUAUCAAUGCGCCCACAGACACCUUCUUGGUAGCUAGCAGGCUUCAGUAUUGUCUGAUUUUAUUUUUUUAGUUCCAAGUAAAGAAUGAGGUUUUUUAAUUUAAAAAUAUAAUGGCAAACUAGAAUGCCACAAAGCACCAGCCUCAAGCUGAAUAUUUAUUCUCAAAAAAUAAAAUAUAUACAAAGGGGAACUCUUGAAACAGAGUAUUUGUGCCUCUUCUUGUGAGAUAAGAGUGAAAAAAGGUCAAGAGGUAAAUUAAGACGGACAACUGGGAAACUGAAAGAGGCAUUUUGGAACAACCUAUCAGUUUUAUUUGUAUAAAAGUGUAUUUUUAUGACUGGUCACAUAAUUACAGAUAUUCCUAUGAGAAUCCUAAUGUAAUAAACUUACAUAUUUGUAGGAUGAAUGCAGUCUCCCAAGAAUUUAGCAAUCAUCAGUGCAUGCUGUUGCCUCUCAUCAUCUAGAUUAUAGGUAUAAAUAACUCCCUACUUACCCUUUAAAAGAGCUCUGAAACUCUUCCAUACUGAAGAACCAGAUGAUAAGUCAAACACAACAAAGCAGAAGGUGAAAAUAAUCUUGAUUAGAGAAACAAAGUAUUUGUUAAAAAUGCCCACGCGUGUUUUAUUAAUAAAAACUAAUAGUGCCACAAUUAAACAAGUAAAACAAACUGCUUAUAUGCCAUAAAAUAUUACAGAAAGUUUAUUUGUGUUUCAGUAAAAAGACUACUGUCUUAGAACAGGCAGCUGACAGUAUUUGUGCAGUUAAUUCUGUGUGAAUAAAUUUAAAAAGACUACCACCUGUCCUGAUUUUUUUUUAUAAAAAAUGAAGUAUUAAAAGUGAUUGACAAGUUUUGAGUUAAACAUAAAACAUUCUCUAUAUUUAAUUUCAACUUUAUAAUAGAUUACUGGAAGAUGUUUAUGAAACAAAUAUAAACCAUUUGUUUCAGUACAUGUCUUUUAUACCAUAGACUUCUAAGUAUGUAAACAACUAUGUAACAAAUUGUUUUCAAAAAUCUGCCUGUAAGAAAUCAGACAAAUUUUUAUCAUAAGCAAAACUCAUUCUAAACUUUCAAGACAUUUACACAGCUAUACCAGCCUGGCAGUAAACAUUUGCCCCCAAAUUAUAACUCAUAUUUCUAACUUCAGCAAACAUAAUAUAUAGAAUUUGAUGGGCUUACAAUGAUCAAAAUAAUUUUAAGGGAAAUUAAUUCAUACAAUUUCUGCAAACUAACAUUGUAAAAGAUCCUUUUUUGUUUGAUUCUUUGGGGAUGGCAUGAUCAGCGAAAUAUAGUAUAACAUUUGAUUACUAUGCAUCAGUACGAUGUCACCUAAAUGCAAUCUAAAUAAAAUGCCAUUCAUGUAUGCAUUUUGACAGGUGGACAGAUUUUAUUUUCCAUUAAAUGUGGCUACAUUUCAAACUUUGUGACAACAUUUAGGGGCAAAAUGCAUUUUCCUUCAAGUUAAAAAUCCUAAGCAAAAGUAAAUAAAAGUUCUGCAUUAACACACUGGUAUUAACACACACAUCCUCAUCA